GGAUAAGUUCAAUGUAUCAUUCCAUUAAUAAUUAACGAUCUCAAAAUCUGUAUCUAUAAAGCUUUUAAUUGUUGUUUGCCAAAGUGAGGGAUUGGGAAAAAACGUAUGUUCAGAUAGUGUGUGGUAAUGUGCGAGUGAACAUGUGGUCAUAAUAGGAAAAAAUUCGUUUUUGUGUAUAUCAAUAACCGGAAAAAGUGGCUACCCUUCCAAUGAAAGCAAUGAAAACGUGGCACUAACAUGGAAGAUCACAGAGAUGCAGAAACAAGGAAAAGCACUAAAAAGGUCCAUCCUUUUGUGAAGGCAAAUAUUUUUUCAAAACUGUUCUUCACAUGGACAUUUCCACUAUUCGUCAAAGGAUUUAAACGUGACUUGGUCGAAGACGAUCUUUUUACCCAUUUGGAGUCUCACGAGUCCACUUACCUGGGCAACAAACUAGAAAGAGAAUGGGAAAAAGAAAUUGCGAAAAAUCCAAAAUCUCCUUCGUUGUGGAAAUGUUUAAACAGAGUUUUCGGCAAACAAUUGUUAACUUUGGGACUGUUCUAUUUAGUAAUAGAAUUAUGUGUGAGACUUGGCCAACCUUUGUUCUUAGCCCAAUUCCUACAAUAUUACGAACCAGACUCCACAAUGACCAAAACCGAAGCCUACUAUUACGCCCUGGCUAUAGUAAUGUGUUCAUUACUAUCACAAACCUUCAAUCAUACUUUUAUGUUACAUAAUUUCCAUUUAGGAAUGAAAAUCCGAGUUGCCACGUCGGCUUUAGUCUAUCGAAAAGCCUUGAAAUUAAGUAACGGGGCCCUAGCAGAAACUACUGUGGGUCAAAUGGUGAAUUUAAUUUCAAAUGAUGUUGGACGAUUUGAAUCAGCCCCCACGCAUUGUCAUAGUUUAUGGAUGGCCCCAUUGGAAACUAUAAUUGUUUUGGUUUUGAUUUAUUUUUACGUUGGGGUCAGUGGAGUUGUUGGAGUUAUUGUAAUGUUCCUAUUUGUGCCUUUACAAAUGUGGCUGGGUAAAAAAACUUCAGAAUUCCGUUUGGCCACUGCGUUAAAAACUGACGAAAGAAUUCGAUUGAUGAAUGAAAUCAUUUCGGGAAUUCAAGUAAUUAAAAUGUAUACGUGGGAAAAACCUUUUGCCAAACUUGUAGAAUUCACUAGAAGACGUGAAAUUACUCAAAUUCGUAAGAUCUCAGUAAUCAGAGGCAUUAUGAUGUCUUUCAAUAUGUUCCUUAACAGAGCUGCCAUCUACAUAUGCGUCUUAACGUAUGUCCUAAUGGGAAACACACUAACCGCUCAAUACGUUUACGUAUUACAAUCCCUAUAUGGAGUUCUAAGAAUGUCUGUUACAAUGUUUUUCCCUCAAGGCUUGACACAAAUAGCAGAAGCUAAUAUUUCAGUGAGGCGUAUCAAAAAAUUCCUCCUCUACGAUGAAGUUGACUUUGAUUCAAGUGCAACAUUUUACAAUGCCUUACAAUCAAAAAACGAUCUUAAAGGGACUCAAAAUGGGUUUUCAAAACUCGAUGGACCAGUUAAGAUUAGUAUUGAAAAUGCCUCAUUUAAAUGGAUCAAAUCAAGACCUGAAAACAAUUUGGAAAAUAUUAAUUUUGAAGUUGGUGCCGGACAAUUGGCAGCUGUAAUUGGUCCUGUUGGUAGUGGAAAAACUUCACUUUUACAUGCUAUAUUAAGUGAAUUAGCUCCUCAAUCAGGCUCGGUUAAAAUAACUGGAAAAUUGUCGUAUGCUUCCCAAGAACCAUGGCUUUUCGUUGGGAGUGUAAGACAAAACAUCACUUUUGGUCAAAAAUUCGAUGCCAGAAAGUACCAUGAAGUUGUAAGAGUUUGUCAGCUGCAAAGAGAUUUCACCUUAUUUCCUCAUGGAGAUAAAACAAUUGUGGGAGAAAGAGGAGUGUCUUUGAGCGGCGGUCAAAGAGCUAGAAUCAAUUUGGCAAGAGCUGUUUACAAGGAAGCAGAUAUUUACUUAUUAGACGAUCCAUUGUCAGCUGUAGAUGCUCAUGUAGGCAAACAAAUGUUCGAAGAAUGCAUCACGGGCUACUUAAAAAACAAAUGCGUUGUAUUAGUAACCCAUCAACUUCAGUAUUUGAAAAAUGUAGAAAGAAUUUACUUGUUUGGACAUGGAAAAAUUGAUCAUACAGGAAGUUAUGAGGAAAUUCAAAAUGCUGGAACUGAAUUCACUGAUUUGUUGAAUGAUCUCAAAGAUAUUUUAGAUGAAGGAGAUGAUGAUGAGGAAGAUGAUGAAACUAUUAUUGGAGAUGUUUUGCCUGUCAAAAGGAUUAGAAGGAUUUCUACUAAAGAAGUGAUACCAAAGGAGGAAAAAGAUCCUAAAUUGGAAAAAGAAGGUAGAAGUGGAGGAAAAGUUGGAUGGCCAAUUUACAAAUCCUACUUCCUCUCUGGAGGUCAUUGGUGCAAAAUACUGACACUUUUUGUUAUUUUUGUUUUGUCACAAGUUUUUGGCAGUGUUGUAGACUAUUUCUUAAACAUUUGGGUCAAUAUGAAUCAAAUUAGAAAAGCUGAAGCUGCAAGUGCAAUAAGAUUGAACAAUACUAUUACCAAUGAUACUUUUCCUCUGGAAAAUGAUACCACCACAAUAGAAUUCAAUCACACUCCGUUCCAAGAAUUCUGGAUGACUUACAUGGACAAUCGCGUGUCGCUAAUCUUCUACAGUGCUUUAAUAUUUGCAGUGAUCACAAUGACCUUAGGCAGAUCAUUGGCGUUUUACAGAUUCUGCAAUAAGGCCUCAAUAAGAUUGCACAACAACAUGUUUUAUAAAAUCGUCUAUGCAACCAUGAGGUUCUUUAAUACGAAUCCAUCUGGGAGAAUUUUGAAUCGGUUUUCAAAAGAUAUGAAUCAGGUCGAUGAAGUUUUGCCUGCAACUUUGCUCGACACUCUACAAAUUGCUUUAACAGUGAUAGCAAUCACUGUUGUGGUUGCUUCAGUGAAUCCAUGGAUGCUACUACCUACUCUCAUAAUUUUAACCAUUUUCUACUUUUUGAGAGUGAUAUUUUUAGCUACAAGCAGGGACAUUAAAAGACUAGAAGGAAUAACAAGAAGUCCAGUAUACUCUCACCUAACAGCCUCCCUACAAGGCUUGACGACAAUCAGAGCAUUUGGAGCUCAACAAAUCCUCAAAGCCGAAUUCGACAACUACCAAAACGCUUACAGCUCUGCCUACUUUAUGUUUCUAGCAGCCAAUAGGACUUUUGGUUUCUGGCUGGACAUGCACUGUGUAUUUUUCAUUACUUUAGUCACUUUUAGUUUCGUUUUUAUGGAUACUGAAACCAUGGGGGGAAACGUAGGCCUGGCCAUAACUCAAUCAAUUAAUUUAACAGGAAUGUUCCAAUGGGGCAUGCGUCAAUGGAGUGAACUGGAAAACACUAUGACUUGUGUGGAAAGGAUUAAAGAGUAUGCGGAUGUUGUGUCAGAGCAGGACAAGGAUACUCACGAGCCUCCUAAGACUUGGCCUGAAGAAGGAAACAUUGAGUUUGAUAGGUUGAGCCUUAGGUACGCCAUAGGAGAACCCGCAGUACUUAAAGACCUUACGUUUACUGUCAAGAGCAAAGAAAAAGUUGGCAUUGUUGGUAGAACUGGAGCUGGAAAAUCUUCAAUUAUAAUAGCCUUGUUCAAAUUAGCCAUAAACGAAGGCAGAAUAUUUAUAGACAACGUAGAUACAAGCAAAAUCACUCUUACAAAACUACGCUCUACUAUAUCAAUUAUUCCACAAGAACCCGUACUGUUUUCUGGUACAUUACGCAAGAAUUUAGAUCCUUUCGAUGAAUACACUGAUGAUGUCUUAUGGAACGCCUUGGAAGAAGUAGAACUUAAAUCAGCUGUAUCAGAAUUGCCUCACGGCUUGGAAAGUAUCAUGACCGAAGGCGGCUCAAAUUUCAGUGUAGGCCAGCGGCAAUUGGUAUGCCUGGCCCGAGCGAUUGUGAGACGAAACAAAAUUCUGGUUUUGGACGAGGCUACAGCCAAUGUAGAUCCGCACACCGACACUUUGAUCCAGAGAACUAUAAGACAAAAAUUCUCGGAUUGUUCUGUGUUGACCAUAGCUCAUAGGUUGCAUACUAUAAUGGAUUCGGAUAAGGUUUUGGUGAUGGAUGCUGGUAGAGUAGUAGAGUUUGGACAUCCUCAUGAGUUGUUGGAAAAUAAGGAAGAUGGUGUGUUUUAUGAGCUGGUACAACAAACUGGCAAAACUAUGGCGGAGAAUUUGAUUGCGAUUGCAGAAGAGAGCUACAAGAAGAAUAAGGGGCAUAAUUGAUAAACAAGCCGUGCAAGAUUGGUGCCAAAUAAUUAUACGAAAUUGGAGCGUUUGUUUUGGAGUUUUGGUUUUAAUGAAUAAAAGUCGAUCUGUGAUGCAAACAAUACCUUUUUUGUCUUUGUACUUAAUAUUAAUAUGUAAUUUAUAUAUAAAUAAUUAUUGUUAAUUGUUUUUUACAAAAAAUUUAGGUAGUUU